AUGCCUUAUAGGCCGCCUCUGCCAUAUCCAAUUCGAGCCAUACCUGAAGAAAAGGCUAAAGAAUACAAAACUUUCAUGGAACAUGUUAAAGCCCUUCAAGUCAACAUUCCAUUUGUUGAAACAAUUCUUCAAACGCCUAAAUAUGUAAACUUGCGUAAGGGUCUCUUUUCCGCUAGAAAAGAUAUGGUUGAAGUCGCUGAGAUAGUGUUAAAUGAGCUACCAGGAAAGAAAGGCGACCCGGGAAGCAUCUCGAUUCCUUGCCAAUUUGGAAACGAAAUUGCUAAUCAGGUAUUGACCGAUUCGGGUGCGAGUAUUAAUCUAAUACCAUAUUCUUUCUUUAAGAAGUUGAAUUUACCGGAGCCAAAGCCGAUUAGUAUGAAGAUCCAUCUAGCAGAUAAGACAGUCAUUCGUCCAAGAGGUGUUUGUGAAGAUCUUCUCAUCAAGGUUGACAAAUUUGUAUUGCCUGUGGAUUUUGUAGUGCUUGACAUGGAAGAAGACCCAAAAAUUCCAAUUAUUUUGGGGAGACCAUUUUUGAAUACCACAAGUGCAUUGAUAGAUGUAUGCGAGUCCACACUAACACUAAGGGUAGGAGAUGAAUCCGCGGUGUUCAAGGCUACACAAAAGACGACAAGAAAAGAAGAAACAAUGGGGUUUACGGAAUACUCACACACUCGCCGAGUCGCAUUAACAGACUCGACGAGUCCAGUCGAAAAGCCCAGACAUGAGGACAACCUUGACCUGCUAUUAACAAGUUCUUUUCCUAUGCAGAUUUUUCCAGAUUCUUUAGAAGGUCUAGCAGAAAAAGGUGAAAUUGUUAAAAAUUAUCGUGACUUCCAAAAUAUUCAAGUAGCUUACCUUGAUACGAUGAUACAAGGAGAUAAAGAAUUUCGACUUGAUAAGGAGGCAAGCUUGGGGGAGAAGGAGAAUCCAAGGGCUUGGAAUGAUGAUGCUAAUAACUCAUCCAUUGAUUCACAUACGACUAAUCGAAAAAUCAAGUUAGUCAAACCCCGAGCCCGAGUUUUUUCCAAUUAUGAAUUAAUUAAUUUAAAGAAGGAGAAGUACAAGAGAUGGGGCCAGAGAAUGGGGUAA